AUGAGUUCAACUUUCAAUAAAAAGGAACCUCCCAGAAUAAGAACCACCUCUUUUGCCGACCCGAUGGGUAGAGAGACACGCCCUCCUCAAGUUGGUGGAAUGAGAGUAACUCGAGACAAGGACACUGGUCACAGGAUCAUGACAGUAAUGGGUACGCUGGGCCCGUUACCGGACCGACAACAGGAGAUUACUUAUACUGAUCUUAAGGUCAUUGGUAGUGGUUCUUUUGGUGUCGUCUAUCAAGCAAAAAUACUUGAAACAAACGAGCCAAUCGCAAUAAAGAAAGUGCUUCAAGACAAGAGAUUUAAGCAAAAAGACGAAGUGUACUUGAAUCUUGUACUGGAUUACAUACCUGACACAGUGUAUCGUGUGAUAAGACACCAUUACAAGGCUAAGCAGAUUAUGCCUAUGUUAUUUAUAAAGCUUUACAUGUACCAGCUCUUCAGGGCGCUAGGUUACAUUCAUGCUAACGGGGUGUGUCACAGAGAUAUCAAGCCACAGAACCUUCUCUUAAACCCUGAGACCGGAGUACUCAAACUCUGUGACUUUGGAAGUGCUAAGGUUCUUGUAAGAGGAGAACCCAACGUCUCCUACAUAUGCUCAAGAUAUUACAGAGCACCUGAACUCAUCUUCGGAGCUACUGACUACACUGUUAAUAUAGAUAUAUGGAGUGCUGGUUGUGUUUUUGCCGAGCUGUUGCUAGGGCAACCAAUAUUCCCUGGUGACAGCGGAGUGGAUCAACUGGUGGAGAUUAUUAAGAUACUGGGCACGCCCACCAAAGAACAGAUUAGACAAAUGAAUCCUAACUACACUGAGUUUAAGUUUCCACAAAUUAAAGCACAUGCAUGGAACAAGGUAUUUCGUCCUCGUACUCCCCCAGAAGCCAUAGAUCUGGUCAGUCGGUUAUUGGAGUACACGCCCACCAUGAGAAUAACUACUCUUGAUUCUUGUGCUCAUUCUUUCUUUGACGAGUUGCGUCAACCCGGGGCCAAUAUGCCCAAUGGAAGAGACUUCCCACCAUUGUUCAACUUCUCACAGCAAGAAUUAUCCAUUUGUCCUUCUCUGGAGUCUAAGCUAGUCCCUCCCCAUUAUCACGAGUCCCUUUCGUCUGGUUCCUCAGGCCCGCCCCCUCAGGGACACGCCUCUAACGAUGUACAUACCACCGUUGUCAUGACAACACCGGACCCAACUAGUGAACUAAUGGGCCCAAAUGCAACUGGACAGUGA